GCAGAGACGAAAAGGAAUACCUUUUAAUUGCUUUUGACACCUUUUGACACAGACCACUUUGGAUCAUUUGUUGAAAACCAUCAAAAGGGGAGUUGAAAGAAAACAGUCAUCUGCAUAAUUUAUUUUACAUUUUCUCCUUUUACCUUUUUCCCUGGGAGAGACGGACUUCUAAGAGCAGCAUCAGUAUGUUGAACAAUAUGGAUUUGAAUGCGAAAGACUCUUUUUACCCUCAGUUUGACAAUUGCAACAGUUCUUCCAUGGGAAUGGACAACAGCGUGCGGAAAGAUAACCAGGAGGUUUAUGUCGAUGCAGAGCGGGGGGUACCUGCCCAGUUUGGCCACGAAGGAACCCCAGCUACCCUCAAAACCGAAGCCUCCAACUCGGAAUUUGCUUUUAACCCUUGCGAGUGCCCAAAAGACUCCUACACCCCCUCUUCGCUCGCCUACUCCGGCAGUUUCUAUGUUGAGGCAUCUCAGGGAGCGCCGUGCAGCACCGAAACACUUCUCAAUAUGAUCACUGAGAUCGUGGGUAUAUCCACACUGCCACUUUUAGACGUGCAACAGAGCAUCAACAGUCGGGGAACUUAUCCAUCGCCUGCGCCGAUGGACAGCAGCAAUGGACAUUUUGGAGACCCCGGCGUCAAGAGGCAGUCCUACACCUGCUCCGGACCUUCUCCUCCCGUUUACUCUCCUGACCAGACGUGCCCGAGUUACGCUGAUGAUCAGAACCAGAAGAAAGACGAACCAAAGUCAGAGGCCGCUUCCUUCCCUGUCGUGGUUAAGAAUGAGUUUGAAAGCAGCUGCUACGAGUGGGGAACAUUUACCAAAGCUGGCUGUUUGGAGACGAGUUUCCAAACAGAAACCUUCCCAAUGUCAAGCGAUUUCCCCCCUGAGCAGCAGAUGGAUGUCAAGGAACUUUUAGACACAUUUCCCCCAAUAUGUCCCAACCCAGAGAUGGAAUUUAAAGUGGAGGGAGGUAUCAAACAGGAGCCGUGUUUCUCUGACACCUGUUCUCAGAGCUACUCCAGCCCCAUGUACAAUAAUUACCUCCCUCCCCCUCCGAUGGGCCUCUCCUCUAACCUCAAACCCUUCCCCGAACCCCCACAGCCAUCUAACCAGUGUGAUUCCUUAUACACGUCUCCAGCUUUACCAAGCACCAUAGACUCCAUCCUUUACUCUUCCUUGUUGCCAGAUUCAUUCGCCCAAAGUUACACCACCCGUCCUACAAAGCCCACCCGGGCCCGGAAGAGCCCCGCCGCCGCUCACGGCCCCGCCAAAGAGAAACCCUUCACCUGCCCCAUGGAGAGCUGCGACCGGCGCUUCUCUCGCUCCGACGAGCUCAACCGGCACAUCCGCAUCCACACGGGCCACAAACCCUUCCAGUGCCGCAUCUGUUUGCGCAGUUUCAGCCGUAGCGAUCACCUCACCACCCACACCAGGACUCACACCGGGGAGAAGCCGUUUUCCUGCGACACGUGCGGGAAACGGUUCGCCCGGAGCGACGAGAGGAAACGGCACGGACGCGUACACCUGAAACAGAAGGAGAAAAUGGAAAUAAAGCCACAGGUGACCACCAGCGCGUGGACUUUCACUCUUCCAGAGGGAAUUUGAAGACAAAGCUGUGUGUCCAAACAUAGCCUACACGACAUUAGGAAUCUUUCCGUCUUGGAAGAUAAAGCCAGCUGACUACAAGUUAACGUCCAAGUUGGUUUGACUGGCAAUGCCUGGCACGAGGUUUCGCAAAUAUUGCAAUUUUUUUGAGGAGCAGAAAGGAAAGGAGAGGUCUGCUUCGGCCUUAGUGCCUGCUGCUGAUGCUGCUGACUUAAUGCAAAGAUGCACAAGUUGAAAAAGUCGAUAAACAGAUCAUAAGUGACUUGUUGCUGUUACUGUCAGUAGAGCCAAACCUCUCUGCUGCGGCAUUGCAUGACUGCUGUUCAGCACCUCUUCUCCUGGACAGCUCCGACCUCCAUCGCCUCUGAACCUGUAUGGAUUGCACUUACAGAUUAUUAAUAUCUCCAUUUAAGAUUCUUAUUUUUUGCUUUUAGCAUUCUUAGAGCAAUGGUUUGGACUAUGUUUCUUGAAAUGCAUGUUUAUGUCAGUGUUUCUUUUCCUUUAAGCGGAAUAUCAACCACUGUCAAGGUACUCCUUCACUCCACAGUGAAGGUUAUUGACAUGAAUGUAGGCUAACAUAUUUAUGGCUUUGACCAUAAAGCUGUCCAUCUUUGAUCAAAUGUAGUGUUUGUUUGAAUUCUUAUCAUUUGGCUGUCAGUGUUUUUUGUCAUUGGUCUUUGUGUAGUGUUACAAUUAAUUGGAUUAUUACAAUUGUGAAAGAUAUAUCAUAAAUGGGAAAUAAAUAUAUUUGUAUAACUGUACUUCUUUGUAUUUUUAUAGCUAAUUGUAUAUUUUACAUUUAUCACAUUUGAGUGUCAUUUAUCAAGGUGAAAUGUAUUCUAAAUCAUUAAUAAUGUCUUGGUUUUUGAGGGCUAUUGUUUAGUAAUACAAUAUUUUAAAUGUUACAAUUUGAUAUCAGAAACAUUUUCGCACUUCAUCCCAUUGUUGGUAUGAUAAGAGUUAUUUAAUUAAACUGCUGGUUUAGUUUUAAAAAGGACCAGUAUGUACACUAGUUGUGGUACAGCUUUUCAACAAAAAGGAUUUUACAGUAUGUACAGAAGUAUGUUUAAUCAAGCUAGAAAUGACUAGCAAAAUAUAAAAUACUGCUUUUGAGUAAUCAGGUAGCACACAUUGCUGCGAGUUUCUGUGGAUUUUACCUUGGACUUUACCAUGAAAGGGUUUUGACUCCUGGUAUCUUUUGCUGGAGAUACUGAAUGCUGAAAUGUACACUUUAGCAAAAAAAAAAUAACAAAAAAAUGUUGAAAGUUUGGUGAAAUUAUCACCAACAGGGUACGGUACUGCAAAAAAGUAAUUUAACUUGCCUUAAGUUAUAUUAACUGUUCAAGUAAAGAUUUUGUACAUAGACAGUUUCUACAAUACUUUAAAUGAAUAUUGAUGUUGUUAUUUUUAUGAAAAGUUUAUGAACAAAAUAAACAAUUUCUGGAAGCA